AGGGUUUCUUCCCCGAGGACUUCUCGGUGGUGGCCACGCUGCGCGCGCGGCGCGGGGGACAGGCUUUCCUGCUCUCCAUCCACGACCAGCGCGGUGUCCAGCAGCUGGGCCUGGAGGUUGGCUUGUCACCCGUGUUCCUCUACGAGGACCACGAGGGACACCCCGUCCCCGAGCAAUACCCCGUGUUCCAGAAGCUCAACCUGGCUGAUGGCAGGUGGCACCGCGUGGCCUUGGCUGUGGAGGGCACCAAUGUCACCUUGCUGGUGGAUUGUCACCUCGUGGCCACGUUACCCUUGGAGCGGGGACCUCACCCUCGUGUCAGCACUGAUGGGGUGACAAUUUUGGGGGGUCGCCUGAUGGAUGAGGAGAUGUUUGAGGGUGACAUCCAACAACUCCUGAUCGUGGCUGACCCCGAGGCCGCUCGUUCCUACUGUCACCUCUACAUGCCAGACUGUGACCAGCCCCUGCUCUACCCCCUCCACUCCCCCUUCCCAGAGGAG